AAAGCGGCGAGCGCCCGCUCCUUCUCCCGCCAUGGCGCAGCGGCGGCUCACCGACUUCUUCGCGCGCCGCCGUCCCGGCCCCGCCGCGCGGCGGGCCAAGCCGGCCUGCCGCACCCCGAGCCCCGCGGGGCCCGCGGCUCCCGCCUCCGCCCCGCGCGGCGGCCGCAAGCGCGCCCGGGCCCCCGCCGCGCCCGGGAGCGACCCGCCCGCGCGCCGGAGGCUGCGGCUGCCGGACUCGGAUUCCUGUUCCGGCUCCCUUGACGUCCUCAGCCCCCAAGAUGUUCCCGUAUCCCCAGAGGUCCCCGGCCCCCAAGAUGUCCCCGUAUCCCCAGAGGUCCUCAGCCCCCAAGAGGUCCCCGUAUCCCCAGAGGACCCCGUUCCCCAAGAUGUUCCCAGGUCCGCAGAGGCCCCCGGCCCCCAAGAUGUCCCCGUAUCCCCAGAGGCCCCCGGCCCCCAAGAUGUCCCCGUAUCCCCAGAGGCCCCCGGCCCCCAAGAUGUCCCCGUAUCCCCAGAGGCCCCCGGCCCCCAAGAUGUCCCCGUAUCCCCAGAGGUCCCCGGUCCCCAAGAUGUCCCCAGAUCUCCAGUUGCCUCCAGUCCCCUGGCUGCCCCGGGUUCCACACACCCGUCACUGGGCAAGAGGACCAGGAAAGCUACAGCUGCAGCAGGCCCACUGCCCCACUCCAAGACCCACCGGGGAGAGGUCUCCUCUAAGGACUCCGUCUCCGAGCUGCGGGCCUGCCUGAAGCGGGUACGGGAGGUGGGUGCGCGAGCCCGGGCGCUGAGGGCCAGAGCCCAGAAGGAUGCUGAGGAGGUUCUUAGUCCCGAGGCUGGGCACCCUGCAGAGCCGUGUGGCGAGGAGGCUCCUGCCUACGAGCGCUUCCACGCCCUGGCCCAGCCUGGGCCCCCGGGCCUCGUGCUGCCCUACAAGUACCAGGUGCUGGCCCAGAUGUUUCACAGCAUGGACACCAUCGUGGGCAUGCUUCACAACCGCUCGGAGACAGCGACCUUCGCCAAGGUCAAGCAGGGAGUGCAGGACAUGAUGCGCAAACGCUUUGAGGAGCGCAACGUGGGCCAGAUCAGAACCGUGUACCCCGAGUCCUACUGCUUCCGGCAGGAGCGCAACGUCCCCACCUUCAAGGAUGGCGUCAGGCGAUCCGAUUACCAGCUCACCAUUGAGCCAGUGCUGGACGAGGAGCCCGGUGGAGGUGGCGCCCCCCAGCUCACAGCCGCACGCCUCCUGCACCGGAGACAGGUCUUCAGCCAGAACCUGGUGAGGCGUGUCAAGGAGCACCACAAGGUCUUCUUAGCCUCCUUGAACCCUCCCAUGGUGGUGCCCGAGGACCAGCUGAGGCGCUGGCACCCGCGCUUCAAUGUGGACCAGGUCCCCGACAUUGAGCCGGCAGAGCUGCCCCAGCCGCCCGCUACAGAGCAGCUGAGCACUGCCCAGGAGGUGCUGGCCCGUGCCCGCAGCUUCAUGUCGCCCAAGAUGGAGAAGGCCUUGAGUCAGCUGGCCCUGCACUCAGCCCAGCCUGCCACCCCGCCAGCUGCCCUGCAGGCCACGCCGCCAGCCCCCUCCCCUGCUGCCUCCCCCAGCGCUCUGAAAGGCGUGUCCCUGGCCCUCCUGGAGCGCAUCCGCGCCAAGGAGGCCCAGAAGCAGCUAGCACAGAUGACGCGGCAGCCGGAGCAGGAGCUGCGCUUGCGGCGGCUGGAGCGGCUGCCGGAGCUGGCUCGCGUGCUGCGCAGCAUCUUCGUGUCUGAGCGAAGGCCGGCACUCACCAUGGAGGUGGCCUGUGCCAGGAUGGUGGGCAGCUGCCCUGCCCCCAUGAGCCCAGGUGAGAUGGAGAAGCACCUGCUGCUCCUAUCGGAGCUGCUGCCGGACUGGCUUAGUCUGCACCAAAUCCGCACGGACACCUAUGUCAAGCUGGACAAGGCCGCUGACCUGGCUGGCAUCACUGCGCGGCUGGCCCGCCAGGCCCGUGUGGAGGGGCUUAGCUGAAGGCUGCCACGAGAGUUCUCCAUGCGCAUGCUUGCUCUCUUCACGGGUGGGAGCAGAGGGCUUUGUCUUUGCUGCUGUGGCAGGCGAGCCCAAAGUCAUGAGAGGAGGCGAUUGUCACGGGUACCCUCCAGAUGUCCACUCCUGGAGCACACUGACCUCAGGGUGGAGGGACAUUCGCGUCUGUCCCCAAGGCCUGUGGGUGGCCUCCACCUUGAGCCACUCCACAUUCAAGGUCAUCUAAGGUGAAGGUCCAAGUGGAGCUGACAGAGCUUAACCCAGAGCUGUCUGACGUUGACAUGGAGAACUUGAAGACGUGGCUAGGUUUGAGAGCAAUUAAUGACAAAGGUCUAACACUGAUAAAGUCAGACCACUUGCGGCAUGUCUAGUGAUCAUGAGUAUUUUAAAGCGAGCUUUCCUAUUUUCAAUAUCUAAAACCUCAGCAAGAAAACCUGAUUUUCAAUCUUAGCUUUUUAUAAGGCUGACCCAUACAAAAUUUCCAAAUAAAAGCUUGUCACCAAGA